UUCAGGCUGGGUUUCCGGCUCAGACUGCAGGCAGGUGGAUGCUGAUGCUUCGGAAACGUUAGCUUGUUCGGGCGACGAUGAGGUGGUGAAGCAUUGUUUAAACAAGUUCAGUUUGCGUGACUCCUGACAGGUUUAUUACUAGCGUAACGGCGUUUUUGUGCAGAAAUGACAACUACCACGACAUUUCAGGGGAUGGAGCCCGGUGCUAAAAACAGUUCCAGGGUUUUGCGCCCUCCUGGUGGCGGCUCCAACAUUUCACUUGGGGCAGAUGAGGAGAAACCUCCCGUCAGAAAAAACAAGAUGGCGUCCAGUGUGUUCGCAGAGCCGGAAGACCCUUACGCUAAUCGAAGGAACAACCCACCAGGAGGAAAACCCACAGGUGUUCUGUGCGGAGAGCCAUCGGCCCCCCUGAGAAGAGGCGUCAACCACGGCGCCAAUCACGUUGGAGAGGCUCCUGCCAUAGAUGGAGAUAAUUCUGUGUGUGAUAAUGAAAACAUCGCUGCAGAACCAAAUCCGGCUCCAGAGCCGCAGGAGGAGCCUCCGCAGGCUGAGGAGCCCGCCGCAGGUGGACCACCUGGCCGCCGAAAUCCCCCGGGGGGCAAGUCCAGCCUCAUCCUGGGUUAAACGCCACACAACUUCUCCUCCUUACCUCCUCUCAUCCCUGAACUCAUCUUUUUUGUUUUCUCUUCAAAACAAAAAUCGGCUCAUAUUUCAGGAAACAUCUAAAGUCCAGCAGACACCCACCUUCUCCAUAUCCCCAAGUGCAUUGUUUUGAUACCUGUUUUUGGAAAGCUGUUUUUGUACUGUUUUUAUUGUUUAUUUUAACAGAAGCACUUUAUGUACUCCUAUUUUUUAUGGUUGGAAAUCGGCCUUUGCCCCUGAAAUUAGAGCGGCCAAGCAGGGUGCGAGGCUCAUACUGCUUACAACAGCCCACCGUAAAACUCUAGUGUUACUUGAGCAGCACAAGCUCUGGGCGAUUCGAUCAUACGUUUGAACACAGUAACUGCUGUUUGUACUGUUUUAUUUUUUCUCCCAUCUUGCAUGCUUGUCUGGUCUGUAUGAAUGUGAGGAAAAACUUUACUGUGAAGAUUUUUUAAAUUAAUUUUACCUCUUAAGUUUUUGUUUUUUUUUAAAUUACAAUAAUUUGUUGUAUGGUUGUUGCAUGAAGUUGAAGUAUUUGUACUGAAAAUAGUAUUGAUAUCACACUGAAGCCACAUAAAUUUUACUCUAAAAGAUGGAAGUACCUUUCAUCAAAUGUAUGAAAACAGAUUUUCUUUCCAUUAAAAUUGCAGCCACUAACCCUAGAUCAUUGAAGCCCCACCGCCUCAUGUUUUACAUGUAAGUUCACUCUGAACUGUGCCACACCGCUACUUACCUGAAACACCCAGUUUUGUUGAUGUUCUUGGUCCUGACUUCUAAGUGUAUCUUAGAUUUGAAAAGUGACCUUAUGACAGCCCGGCCUUUCUUUCACCCUUUUACCCUGAUAUAUUUCAUUAUUCCUGCUCAGUGGAAGUUUGGAACAAUCGUUUUGUACAUUUCAUGUGACAGUAUUCAGUCCAUAGCACCCGUGUGCAUGACCGCUGUGUCCACCAGCUGUCAUCGAAGAAGGGAACAAAAAAAAUUAACCAAACAUUUUAGAUACAUGAUGUUUUUCUCCUGUGAUGUGUUUUCUUUAAGCAUUUCUUAUGUGAGACAUGUCUGUUUGCAUCCUUAAAAGUGGUCAUGCUGGAUGUAAGUCACUGCAGAAAUCUGAAAUGAAGAAAUGGCACAAGUGGAACUGAACAUUAAAGAUCAGUUUUGACCGUGAACUGGA